GAGGAUGGGGUAGCCUACGAAGGAGGAAACGGCGAGGGCUUCAUCAACAGACAGAGAAGUCUCUCGUCAGGCUGAGAGAAGGCAGGCUAUAGGAAAGGAAAGCCUGACACGGUAUACGCCACGGAAAGCUCUCUGGCUGUGAUAACCUAGUAGACGUUUACAUAAAAUAAUUCCAGCAGCUGGAGAUCGAGAUGUUUACGUAAAACGGGCUUUCAAUCGUAUUCUUGGAACUGGAACUUUCAUCGCAUUUUGACUCUCUGUGCUGCUUGGGGGUUUUCGCUACAACGGUGCCACAUUUAACUCGUUUGCGUCACGCUUUGGAGUUCCCUCCCUGGUUAGACAGUUGGCGUUUUGGGAGGUUUUGGAACCAAAACCGAAAUUCCAGACCAUUUUUGGCUGGUGGGCUAAACCCACGUUCUCUAAUGGGUUACAUGGCGUGCGUUUGAUCCUGGUGUUCGGGCUGCGCGAUGGCCGCGUCGGGCGGGCGGAAGAGCGAGAAGUUGGACGAGGCACAGGCGUUGGCCCGGAGCUGCGCGGGGAGACCGGACUUUCUCCCUUGCGACGGACUGUCCAUCUGCGCAACACACAGCCAUGGGAAGUGCUUCAAGCUCCACUGGUGCUGCCACUUGGGAUGGUGUCACUGUAAAUAUGUGUACCAGCCGAUGACCAACGUGUGCCGCCUCCCCAGCACCCCAGUGCCUGCCACGCCCACAGACCACCCCCACACCAUGGACCUGACAGUCUUAUUGGCCGAACGCUUCCUCAUGACCGCCCCCGCCUUCCAAGCCCCGCCCUACCUGGAGUCGCCCAAGUUCUGCAUCAUCUCGGACCUCUUCAUGGACGACUACAUGGUCAAACGCAUCAACGGGAAGAUGUGCUAUGUCCAGAGACCUCAACCUUCGACCAUGCCCAGCCCGCCUCAAUCACACCCCCCUCACCCUCGUAACCCCCGGUCCAAACCCCAUCCCCACCCCCAACGGACCCCCAGACACCACCCACACCCCCAGCCCAGACCACACCCCCACGGCACCAAGCCCAGCGCCCUGGCGGACAAGGUCACCACCCCCAAAAUAGACCACUGCUCCUCCCCGUCCAGCUCUGAGGAUUCUGGGAUAAAUGCGCUGGGCGGCCAUUACAUGGAGUCAUGUGACGAGGGUUCCGAGGAAGAGGAGGAAGAGGAGGAGGAAGAGGAGGAGGAUGAAGAGUUAAGUAGUGAUGGAGAGUCUAGUCCAGGAAGUAUGUGGAAUCAAGAUGAGUGUUCUCUGCUCUCUCCGUCCAAGUCUAUGGUGGAGAUUAUCGAGAAGAUUGAGACAACUGUGUGAGACAACUUGCCCUGUCACGAUGAGACAGUGAUCUUGCCGGUUCAGUUUAGAGCCACACACUCAGACAACACACACUAGCCUGCCAACGUUCCUCUAACCCCAGUACACUAGUCUUACAACCCCAAAAUAGUGACCUGUUACCUUUCACCCUGUUAUAGCAUGGUUACCUAUGACCUUUCACCCUUUAUAGCAUGGUGUACCUACCCCAUUCUACUCUACUCUACACUGGAGGGAUUUCACUUAUCUUUCCAAACCAGUAGUCAGCUGAAAGAACCCACAAAUGAACAAGUGCACAAAUGUAUGAAUAACUGAAUAUAAUCUAAUCUAAUCCAAUCCAAUCCAUGACCCAACACACAGGCAGAAGAGCACGAUGUGACCAAACAGAUUCUAAGGAUUCUAAAUCACGGGGCUACUACUUUUUAUAGAAUGAUCCAAAUGGCACCCUAUUCCCUAUAUAGUGCACUACUUUUGACUAUGUCCCACAGGAAAUAGUAGGGAAUGUGUAGAAAAAAGGGUGCCAUUUGGGACACAAUCCACGUGUUACAUCACUAGCGCACUAAGAAGUAUCUUCACAAGCAUACAGCACAAACACAGGAGAGGAGAGGCGAGGCGAGGAGAGGAAAUGGGGGUUAAGAGUGGAAGGGGAUGUGUGAUGAUGAAUCUGUGACAUCACAAGCAUCGAAACAUCUGAAGUCUUUCGCAACAUUGCACAUGUUUACAGGCCACACCCACAAACAACACAGACAACAUGGAUUAUCUGUAACAGGAUUUAUCUGCACAGGUGGAUGGAGGGGUUACAAUGUACAAACAGACACAGUGUCUUGCCAAGGCUUUCUGACAAUCAUCUGACUAGAAUCAUCCACCUGAAAUCUGAACAAUAGACCCUGUACAUGUCACUUCAGAGCUUGAGGAGUCACAGCACAGGACACAGUGAUCUCAGUAUAUUACAGACACAGUGAUCUCAGUAUAUUACAGACACAGUGAUCUCAGUAUAUUACAGACACAGUGAUCUCAGUAUAUUACAGACACAGUGAUCUCUGUAUAUUACAGACACAGUGAUCUCAGUAUAUUACAGACACAGUGAUCUCAGUAUAUUACAGACACAGUGAUCUCAGUAUAUUACAGACACAGUGAUCUCAGUAUAUUACAGACACAGUGAUCUCAGUAUAUUACAGACACAGUGCAAAGCAGUAGCAGUGAGUCUAGGAGAUUGUUGUCACGACGACAAA